AUGGCCGCCCUUCCGAAGCGCAUUAUCAAGGAGACGGAACGACUCAUGGCUGAGCCGGUUCCCGGUAUCAACGCCGUUCCUCACGAUGAUAACCUGCGGUACUUUGAUGUUUCUAUUCACGGCCCCGCUCAGUCUCCGUAUGAAGGUGGCAUCUUCCGACUCGAACUGUUCUUGCCCGAUGACUAUCCUAUGACCCCUCCCAAGAUUCGCUUCCUCACCAAGAUCUACCACCCCAACAUCGAUCGUCUGGGCCGAAUCUGCUUGGACGUCCUGAAGAACAACUGGUCCCCCGCUCUCCAGAUCCGCACUAUCCUCCUCUCGAUCCAGGCCCUCCUCGGCGCUCCCAAUCCCGAUGACCCGCUCGCCAACGACGUUGCCCAGCGCUGGAAGGACGACGAGCCUGCGGCCAUCCAGACCGCCAAAGAGUGGACUCGCACGCAUGCGAUGACUUGA